UUGGAUAAAUUACUUGAUGGGCUGGAGGUCAAAUCUCCUUUCUUUCUAGUCGUUCAGGGGUUUCUUGUAGGUUCAUAUGGAUUAACUUGGGCCUUGAAAAAUCAGAGCAAGAUAUCUAAGCUCGUAAUCCUAAAUAGUCCCCUGACAGUUUCAUCUCCUACUCCUGGACUAUUUACAAAGCUGAGAAUCCCUCUCUAUGGCGAAUUUACUUGUCAGAACGCUAUCACGGCAGAGCGCUUUAUUGAAGCAGGUAGCCCCUAUGUCUUGAAGCUGGAAAAGGCCGACGUUUAUCGAUUGCCAUAUCUAUCAAGCAGUGGACCUGGAUUUGCUCUGCUUGAAGCCACAAGAAAAAUUAAUUUCACAGAUACCUUAAGUCAAAUAGCAUCUGGCUUUGCUUCAGGAAGCUGGGACAAACCAGUGCUAGUUGCGUGGGGAAUAUCAGACAAGUAUUUGCCCCAAUCUGUGGCAGAAGAGUUCCAAAAAGGAAACCCUGGUGUCGUGAAGCUCAAGUUGAUAGAAGGAGCUGGGCAUAUGCCCCAAGAAGACUGGCCUGAGAAAGUUGUCGAUGCUUUGAGACUAUUCUUUUAAACUCAAGCACCGAACCACCAUACCUUCAAGAUUCAUCUCACUUGAAUGUGAAUAUUGCAUAGCUUUUAUUUGUGCAAGGAUUCUGAUAUCAAUGUUUCUCUGUUUGUAUAAAGCUCUAUGCAUAAGUUACAGUGAAAAAUGAGAAGUCAACAAAUUUAUGAAUC